CGGGCGGCAUGUCAGCUUUGCGGCCGGAGCGGCUAUGCUACGUAUCUAUAUGCACCAAACAUGUGAGAGAGACGUGAUGUCCGGACAACUUGUGCAGUCAAACUGAUCGGACUCGGACGACGCCGGUUGGACAUGGACACGGUGCCUUGGAUGGAGAUGAGGCCUUGGCGCGAUCUGCCGCUCCCCCAUCGAUUCGAUGACGGUCAUCGGACGCACGUUUGUCGCUUUUUUUGCCGGAACUCCUGUAACCCUUCGUUCUUUCUCGGCUCAUUCUCACCGCCGCAUGUUGCUCAAGGGCAACUCUGCCCAGGGACCAGCACCACACCAGUGGGGAAGUGCCAAAGGACUGCAAGUUCUGUGGGCGGAACUGAAUCGGAAAUGUCCCACCAGCAGUACGCCGUCUUUGCUCAGCUCCUCCACCACCCGGGUCGAUAUCUACGUAAAACCAAAUGCGUAUUCAGAUAUUUCGGGUGAUUCUGCUGUGGGAAAAUCGGGUCGCGCUCCUCACGGCUUGCAAGGAAGUGCAUGCAAAGUGCAUGUUGGGGAUGUCUCCAGAAAUAUUACCGUUACGUCGCAAUGUGGUCGCAGUGUGCUCGACGAUGCCCACGCCGUAUUUGGACCUAAACCCAUGCAUGUAUCCUUCAACACUCCCGACGGGUACAUACAGUACAUACGUCCGGAGGACAAGGAAGACGCUUUUGUUGGACAAGGUCCCAUUUCGAAGAUGGCGAACCUUCAUAAGUGUACGCCAAUGGACGUCUGCAUAUCCGCGGCGGUUGGGACAUGAACUACUCGUGCACGGCUCCGGCAAAGAUUCUACCCAGUGUUUGGGCCCAAUAUGCAAGUGUCAUGGCUGAUUUCACACUCGCCGGUCCAUCCGAAGAACCGGAACUGUUUCGACCACCACGGCC